AUGCCGCCCCCUGAAGUGGCAGAUCAACUAGUCCGCACCUUCUUCGACACCACACACAUUGCCUUCCCUGUCUUUGACCGACGGAAGUUCACGCGGUUGUAUCUCCAAGGCCAGGCCUCCCCGCUUGUAUUGCAGACGAUCUUCCUUCUGGGUUUCAUGGUCGGCAGCGAUGACCUCAUUCAAGCAGGAGGCUUCAAUGACAGAGCCACAGCUAGGAAGACAUAUUAUCUCCGCGCUAAGGCAUUGUACGACGCCGAUUACGAUGCCGACCGAAUGAAUGUUGUUGCUUGCUUGCUUUUGAUCGGCUUUUGGUGGGCUGGUUACGACGAGCAGAAGGAUCAUUGUCAUUGGGUUGGCUGUGCGACGACCUUCGCGCAGUCGAUGGGCAUGCAUCGCUCGAUGUCACAAUCCACGUUCAGCCCUCAUACAAAGUCUCUCAGGAAGAGAAUUUGGUGGGCGAUUUAUGUCCGUGAACGGCAUCUCUCUGCAGCGUUUGGUCGGCCAUGUCGUAUCCGUGACGAAGAUUGUGACGUUGAGCCCCUGGAUGAGGAUGACUUCAACUUUGAUCUGGACUACGACCAAAGACUUAUUCCCACUCAACAAGAAUAUCACGUAUCCUAUGUUCUUGAGAUGACAAGGUUGGCAGCAAUACUUGGCGACGUACUCAUUUCGGAGUUUAGUCCUCGCCGUCCCACGACAGAGCAGUUCAAGACGCAAACUCUCAAAGAGAAACUUUUUGGAUGGGAACGGAAACUACCAGAGAACCUUAGGAUGUUGCCCCUGGACGGCACUCUCGGUGCCUCUUUUUGGGCCAGCAUGCUGCAUUUCAACUACCAAUACUGUCAAAUACUUCUGUUUCGCCCGAAGUCCAUCGAGAUAGUCUCCCAGGAAGAGAAGGAACGGGACUCACGAGCACGCAUGGCGGCAGACGCCAUCACUCGCAAUGCAGAAGAUCAACUUUCUGCGGAUACCAUACAAUAUGCACAAAUUCAUCUAGUACCGGCUUUGUUUGGCGCCCUGUCCAUGCAUACCAUCGAAAUCUGCCGCAAGGACUCAAUUCGCCGACAGCUAGCGGAGAACAAAUCACGCCAGUGUCUUUUAGCCCUGGGAGAGUUAUCAAAGUCCUGGCCAGUAAGGAUCUGGAUCUCGAAAUCGUUCGUCAGUCUGAUGACGAGAUUGACUGGCCAAGACUCAGCCCCUUCUGGCGGUGCUAUCGUCCGAGUCUCCUCCAGCAUUCACCCUGCCAGUCCAGGUGGUCAUUCUCUUCACGAGGCUGUCAAUGACAACCGAUCUGCCUCCGGUGGCGGAGGUGGACACCAAGACACAUCUCCAACGCUCAACGACGGCUCACAAACUCGGGACUUCGACCCUUACGAAAUCACUGAAGCAAACCCUCAUCUAUUUUACGACAGCUUUUGGACCUCAUACCUGGACAAUGCCUUUGAUGUGGACUUGCUCAUUCAUCCUAAUUCGGGUCUUUUUUGA